GGCAAACUUGUGCAGAGGAUCGAAGACAUGCUGGACCUGUCUCCUUUGACUUUGAGGUGCAUCAACUUGGGAACAAAGCUGACGGUGAUGUCGCACUUUUUGGGCUGCUUUUGGUUCUUUGUAUCUGCCCACGGCGAUCCAGAUGCCAACCAAUGCGAAUCUGGAUUAUUGGAGUGUAAUCCAGCUUUGUUAGGAACAACAUGGUGGGAGCAGAUCAACAUAAAACCUGACAACAAGUUAGACCAGUACAUAGCCUCCUUAUAUUGGGCCUUUACGACGAUGACGACAGUAGGCUAUGGCGACAUCCACCCCCGGAGUGACCGCGAAAGGGUGUAUGCAAUUGUGGCAAUGAUUUUUGGUGCCACCAUGUUCGGAUAUAUUAUAGGAUCUAUUGCAGCGCUUGCUGGACAGGAGCGUGGGAUAGAGGCGCUCACCAAGAAGAAGCUUUCUCUUGUUCGGCACUUCUGCGAAGAGCAGCGGGUAAGUGAAAACAAGGUGCGCGAGGUCAUGAAGCACUAUCAGCCCUCCCUACGUGUUUUGUUUGGCCAAAUCUCUUGGUCUAUAAUCUAUAGCCAUAAAUCACUGUUUUCCAUAUUCUCUAUGCAUUAG